GAUAUUCCUUACUUGCCAACGUUUCUCUCUCUUCAGAUAUAAAUAUGAUCGGCGGAUUUUAAUAAGAAAAAAAAAAAUAAAAGAGGAGUGAGAGAUCGAAUUGGCAGAAGAUGAAGAUUUUCGUCAAAACUCUCAAAGGCACUCACUUCGAUAUCGAAGUCAAACCCGAAGAUGCGGUUGCUGAUGUAAAAAAGAACAUAGAAACUGUCCAAGGAGCAGAUGUUUAUCCUGCUGCGCAACAAAUGCUUAUUCAUAAAGGGAAGGUUCUUAAAGAUGGUACGACACUGGCUGAGAACAGUGUCACUGAAAAUAGCUUUAUUGUCAUCAUGUUAACCAAGAAUAAGAGUUCAUCUGGUGAGGGUUCCACUGCUUCAACAGCUCCUACAACUAAAGCUCCUCAGGCAAGUUCACCACCACCAGCUUCAACACCAGCUUCUACUGCGCCUGUUGCAACUUCAGCUACGACUGCACCUGUCACUGAAUCUGCUCCUGUUGCUUCAAUUACUACUGCGUCAGAAACUGAUGUUUAUGGCCAAGCAGCAUCUAAUCUGGUUGCAGGAAGUAACUUAGAGGGUGCAAUCCAGCAAAUUCUUGAUAUGGGUGGAGGGACCUGGGAUAGGGAUACCGUUGUCCGCGCUCUUCGUGCUGCUUAUAAUAACCCAGAGAGAGCUGUUGAAUAUUUGUAUUCUGGUAUCCCUGAGCAAGAUGAAGCUCCACCUGUGGCCCGUGCCCCUGUCGUUGGGCAGACCACUAACCCUCUAGCACAGCCACAACAGCCUGCACAAACAGCACCUGUUCCUUCAAGUGGACCCAAUGCAAAUCCUUUAGACCUCUUUCCCCAGGGCCUUCCCAACAUGGGUGCAGCUGGUGCUAGGGCAGGCAAUCUUGAUUUCUUGCGCAACAGUCCACAGUUCCAAGCUUUGCGAGCGAUGGUGCAGGCCAACCCACAAAUAUUGCAGCCUAUGCUUCAAGAGUUGGGGAAACAAAAUCCUAAUCUAAUGAGGCUUAUUCAAGAGCAUCAGGCUGACUUUCUUCGCCUGAUCAAUGAACCUUCUGAAGGUGGAGAGGGGAACAUAUUGGGGGAAUUAGCUGAGGCGAUGCCACAAGCUGUACAAGUCACACCCGCGGAACAUGAAGCCAUAGAAAGGCUGGAAGCAAUGGGCUUUGAUCGAGCAACUGUGCUCCAAGUGUUCUUUGCCUGCAACAAGAAUGAGGAACUGGCAGCCAACUACCUUUUAGAUCAUAUGCAUGACUUUGAGGAUUGAUUUGGUAUAGAAAAUGGCUAGGGAAAGUUCAAAAAAUUUUUUUUUUAGUCUUUUGUUAUUCAUCUUCCUCCCGUCUUCAACUCUACGUACUUUAUUAUUUCUUAAUGAAGUAAUGUGAAGUGUUUGGUGCAGCAGACACAAGGGAUUCUUUCCUUUUUAGGAACCAUUAUAAUUUAUAACGUUGUAUACGAAGAGUCUUCGUUCCUAAGUUUGUGUAUACUGUAGAAGAGAUUUGUAUGCAAUCAUUUGGCUUCCAAGUUUCA